AUGCUGUCACGAAGCCUCCAUCGCCACGCCUCGACGGCGGCAGCUAUUCCCCGUCGCGCCGUCCGAGCUCUGAGCACAACUCCUGGGAUGCAAUCCAAGACGCCUUCGAUGGGAGACAUCAAUCCCUCCAGGGCGCAGAUUGACUCGUUCAACAGGAAGCAGCAAGAGUUCCGGGAGAAGCUGGCGGAGGCGCAAAAAGAGCUUGGAGCACGUGCGUUGUCUGCCAAUUCUUCAAAGUCCGAGAAGCCGGACCAAAGCUCAUCCAAGAGUGAUGCAGGAGCUACCGCCGCAGCUAGCCAGCAGGAGCCUGGGCGUAAAGCAGGCCCUCUGGCGAACCUCAUUUACGGCACCAAGGAAGGCAGGGAGAUGGAAGCCCAGCUCCAGGCCAGCUUCAGUCAGGUGCUGGCUCGCGGCAAGUACGUCCACUCUAUUGUCUUCCACGAGGUGAAGCCCGAGAAGGUAGACGAGUACGUGGACCUGGUCGGCCAUUUCUAUCCCAAGAUGGCCAACACUCCCGGAAACAAGGUCCACCUCGUCGGCAGCUGGAGAACCGAGAUUGGCGAUUGCGACACCUUUGUGCAUAUUUGGGAGUAUCAGAAAUAUCAAGGCUACCACGAGUCUCGACACGCCAUUAGCCACCACCCAGAGUUUGCCGAUUUCGACAAUAAGCUCAAGACGUUGAUCAAUUCUAAAAGGAUUUCGCUCAUGCAAGAAUUUUCCUUUUGGCCCACGAGCCCUCCACGACAGCUGGGAGGCAUCUUUGAGCUUCGCUCGUACACGCUGAAUCCCGGGAACCUGCUGGAGUGGGAGUUCCACUGGCGACGCGGUCUCAAGGCCCGACGCGAGGUCAUGGAAGGCGUCGGUGCCUGGUUCGUGCAAAUCGGCGAGCUCAACACUGUUCAUCAUUUGUGGCAAUUUGCCAACCUCGAGGAACGACGCGACCGUCGAGAGAAGAGCUGGCAGAUCGAGGGAUGGAGCGAAACAGUUCACAAGACGGUCCCGCUCAUUCAGAGCAUGAAUUCUCGAGUCUUGAUUGCCAUGCCUUGGUCGCCAGUUGCGUAA